AGAAUCCAUUUAUUAGACCUUCUGAUUGGCUGCUCACGGGUAACACGUGUUGUGUUGGGUUUUGUAACUCUCUUUCCGAUUGAUUACAAAAUAAAUUGUCUAUUUUCUACUGGUGCAGGCAAGACCGUAUAAAAGGUAGGUCAUUAAACAGGCAUGGCUCAUACCUGCAUUCACUGGUUCCGCAAGGGGCUCCGACUGCACGACAAUCCAGCACUUGUGGCUGCAUUGCGGGACUGCAAGGAGAUCUACCCUGUGUUUGUCCUGGACCCCUAUUCCCCCAACAACGUCAACAUUGGCAUCAACCGAUGGAAGUUCCUCAUAGGAGCCCUUAAAGACUUGGAUUGCAGCCUGAGGAAACUCAAUUCUAGGCUGUUUGUGGUGAGAGGUAAGACAGAUGAGGUCUUUCCUAAGCUGUUCCAGAAGUGGAAGGUGACGCGGUUGACGUAUGAGUAUGACACAGAGCCCUUCAGCCUCCGCCGGGACAAGGAGGUGGGCCGGUUAGCUGAAGAGCACGGAGUAGAAAUCAUCUACAAAGUCUCCCACACACUCUACAACAUAGACAGGAUAAUUGAAGAGAACAACGGGAAGGCUCCCCUGACCUACAAUCGGCUGCAGACCCUUGUCAGUAGUAUCGGUCCCCCCAAAAGGCCUAUCCCCGCUCCAACCUGUGAUGACAUGAAGGAUGUAAAGACUCCGUGCUCAGAGAAACAUGAGGAAAACUAUGGCAUCUCCACGUUAGAGAAGUUGUAUCAGGAUCCAGAGUCUUUGACUGAGGAGCUGUUCCCCGGCGGAGAGCAAAAGGCUCUGCGGAGACUGGACCAACACAUGGCGAGAAAGGAAUGGGUGUGUGGCUUUGAGAAACCACAGACGUCCCCAAACUCCCUGAGCCCCAGCACCACCGUCCUCAGCCCUUAUAUGACAUUUGGCUGCCUGUCAGCACGCACCUUCUGGUGGAGUCUAACCGACGUCUACCAAGGGAAGAAGCAUUCCCAGCCUCCCGUCUCACUGCAUGGCCAGCUGCUGUGGAGAGAGUUCUUCUACACAGCCGGCCUGGGCAUCCCCAACUUUGACAAGAUGGAGGGAAACCCGGUGUGUACACAGGUGGACUGGGACAGCAACUUUGAGUAUCUGGCUGCAUGGGCAGAGGCCAGGACUGGUUUCCCCUUCAUCGAUGCCAUCAUGACCCAGCUGAGGCAAGAGGGCUGGAUCCACCACCUGGCCCGGCACGCCGUGGCCUGCUUCCUGACCAGAGGAGACCUGUGGAUCAGCUGGGAGGAGGGCCAGAAGGUAUUUGAGGAACUCUUAUUGGAUGGAGACUGGUCCCUGAAUGCUGGGAACUGGCAGUGGCUCUCUGCUAGUACUUUCUUUCACCAGUUCUUCAGGGUCUACUCGCCCAUCGCCUUUGGGAAGAAAACUGACAAAAAUGGAGACUACAUCAAGAAAUACCUGCCCCACUUGAAGAAGUACCCAGCACAGUACAUCUACGAGCCGUGGAAGGCUCCCCGCAGCGUCCAGGAGGCAGCAGGGUGCAUCGUAGGUAAGGACUACCCGCGGCCCAUAGUGGAGCACGAGGUGAUCAGCAAGAAGAACAUCCAGAGGAUGAAGGCAGCCUACGCCAAGAGGUCCCCACAUUCCAGUGAGGAGUCACCCGGCAAGAAGGAGAAAGGUUUGUUUCCCCUAGGUACAGCUAUAGGAUCAGCUUCCCCUCCCCUAACCAUAGGAUAACACAGAGCGCCAUAUUCUGACUUUGGAUCUGCAUGCUAAAACUUGAAUGCAAGUCUCCCAUUGAUAUCAAUAAAUUAUGGAUCAAGUCAGAAUAUCACCCUGAAUGCCUUAAAUUACUAUUUAUCGCUAGUACCGACAACUAACGUUACAGUUGAUGAAAGGACUACUUGUCGGUAUUUAGGACAGGGACUGCAGAUUAGCUGUUCCUUGUCCAAAUAAACAUAAUAAAUAUGUGCUGCUAUAUCCUUGAUGGAAUGAUUCAUUGGAGCUCAUUGUUUGCAAUUAGGGAUGUGACAAAUGUACACAUUUUCUUAGCACUUAAACUGCCAUUUAUCUAAAUGCAGUCCUGGCUACCUACCCGACGGCACUCCCCUUACUGCUGUCCCCCAUUCACUCAGUAACGAUGGUAUAAAUGUAGUUUUAGGUUCUUAGUGCCACUCCAUGUCACACUUCUCAUCAAUAUGAUGACUCGUUGCAAUGUGUUCACAGACGUCCAACUAUGGUGUUUGAGAGCAAUCGUUGUACAAUUUCUCCAUCAGGUUUGUGGUGGUUUUUCGACAUGGCAUCUUGUAGUCUGGUUCUAGCUAUGCCAUUAGGGUAUUGAAGCAGACAUCCUCUACCAUUGACAAUGUCUGCAAUUAUAGAUUUUUUUCACACCUUAUCCCACUGCUGCCAGCAACGGGAUGGGUCUCACGGUGCCUCCCUUUCAGCAUUGCACCAGUACUGCUACUGUAGAUCAAUUCCACCUCACAAAGCUUGCAUUUAAUCACCUUCUCAUUUAACUAAAGUAUUGCCAUACUUAGCUGCUGUCGCUUUCAUGUCUCACUGCCAUUUUUCCAACUAAUAAAUGACAAUUAGGUGCGGAGCGCUUUAUCGGUUGCCAAUCAUUUAGAAAGAUGCAUGUCAUCUAUUUACAGUAUUGUUGUAGCAUUAUUUGCAACAAAAAUUCUAAAUGUUGACGAUCCCAAAUUAAUUUAAAACAUCACACCCCUAUUUGCUAUGGUUUGAAUUUAUAAUAAUGGUCUAACUCUUUCUCUUGCUUUUGAAGGUAGAAAACACAAAGCACCAUCUGUUGUGGACAUGCUGAUGAAGAAGAAAUUAUAGAGUUAAUGAUAUUGUUUUGGAGAAGUGUUCAUCUACUUCAAUUAGCGCUUGAGUAGAAGCUGCCAUGUUACAUUUUGUCUAUCAGUUUACAUGUCACUUAUACAUUAUGACUUUCAAUGUAUGGGAAUUGGUGGGCUUUUCCCCCGGUAUGUGCUGAAAAUAAAAACUAUUUUGCUAAACAUUCA